AUGCAAACGCGAACCGCAGUUCCCAUACCAUCCCCGCGUCUGCCGGGCACGCUGGCGGACCUGAUCCUGCCCGAGUCGGCUGGCGCGCGCCGUAUCGCCAGGGACAUAGCGCUGGUAGUUGCCGGCAGCCUGGUGGUGGCGCUUUUCGCGCAGAUCAAGAUACCGCUGGGGUUCACCCCGGUACCGAUCACGGGGCAGACGUUCGCCGUGCUGCUGGUGGGCGCGAUGCUGGGGGGCUGGCGCGGCGGGCUGGCGUUGGCGCUCUACGCCGUGGAGGGGUCGUUUCUGCCGUUCUUCGCGGGAGGCGCGUCGGGCUGGUUCUGGAUGCUGUCGUCGGGCGGAUACAUCGUCGGGUUCAUACCCGCGGCGGCGUUGGUGGGCUGGCUGUGCCAACGAGGAUGGAACCGGCGGCCGUGGAUCCUGGCCGCCAUGCUGCUGGGCAAUGCGGCGCUUUACGUGCCAGGGCUGAUCCAACUCAACCUGUUCCUGCCGGCGAACGUGGCGGAGGCCUGGGCCUGCGCGGAUGUGUGGCAGUGCGGGCUGUUGCCAUUCAUCGCCGGUGACCUGGUGAAGCUCAUGGCGGCGAGCCUGGCGGUGCCGUCCGGAUGGGCGCUGCUGGACCGGUUCGCGGCGAAACCCGAUACGGGCGCCGAGUAG